UAAUUAAAUAAAAUGGGCCCCUUCAAGACUACCCAACAAACACAAUUUCCUAGUGAACAAGGAUUAUGCAAAAUGGAAUGAGGCAACUUGAGCUCUGCACGCUCAGAUCCUCUUCUAGAAGCAUCACGAACGUCAUUUGCAGCGCUUGGCAGCUGCUCCUGGUGAUCUGCGAUCUUUGCACAGAAUAAUUCUGCUUAUUCUGUAUAUAUCAGUUUUCUGAGCUGUCCCAAACCUUAUACUCAGAAGCAACAUCUGUGACGUGAGAGGGACGGUGUGUUUGUUUCCCUUGAUGCUGGUCGAAAGUGGUAUUACCCUUAAACAUCCUACUGUUUUCUUCGACGCCGAACCCCAUUUGCAGAUAGAUUAAAACCUCGUCUAAGUUGGUUUUUAACUUCCCUUGUUUUCUCUCAAAAAGAUAAAAGGCUUUUUCUUUUCUGAUUAUCCCACCCCUCAUUAAUUAUUUCACCUUUGUGUUUCCGCCUUGAGCGCCGACGAUAAUAACCGCACCAUCCACCACUGUUAAUCGAAACUAUGGGAUCCAUCGUUGACGCCGAACAAGCCAGGAAAUUGUCGCUUUUCCGACCUCUUGGUUACCAGCGCAACUCAUGUGGCUACUGUAAAUCCGACAAUGGAAGCGCGUCGUACUAUACUAGCUCUGUAUCAGUACGCCCCGUCCAUUAUGAGGAACUCGUCAAUCGUGGGUGGAGACGAUCAGGGACGCUUUACUACAAGCAGAACCUGCAGAGAUCAUGUUGUCCGCACUAUACGAUGAGACUUGAGGCGACAGCCUUCAAGUCGAGGAAGGACCAACGCAAAGCAAUCAAUCGUUGGAAUAAGUUCGUCUUGGGACCGGAAUACAUCAGAAGGGCAGCGUAUCUGUGCCCUAAAACAAGGGAAGAAAAGAAGCACCGGAAAUGCAAUUUCGAUCUGCUCACGGCCGUUCACGAAGCUGAAUACAGCAAUGUAAAGCGGCCCAUUGAUCCCAAGACCAAGAAGUACUUGGAACCUGCUCAUCGAUUUGAGGUCAACAUAGAAGGGGACUCUGUAUCUCAGGCAAAAUACGAGCUCUUCCUCAAGUACCAGACCAAGGUCCACAAAGAAGACGUCUCCACGUGGCAGCAGAAGGACUUCAAACGGUUCCUCUGUUCGGGCCUAAAGCGUUCCCCUGCUGACCCCAAGUCCACUGAGAAGAAACUAGGAUCAUGGCAUCAGUGCUACCGCCUGGAUGGGAAGCUCAUAGCCGUUGCGGUCCUGGACUUGAUGCCGAAUGGUGUGAGCUCCGUAUAUAUCUUCUAUGAUCCCGACUACGAACAGUGGGAAUUCGGGAAACUAAGCGCCCUAAGGGAAAUUGCCCUCUCUUUUGAAGGUAGCUACCAGUAUUACUACAUGGGCUAUUAUAUUCACUCCUGUCAGAAAAUGCGUUACAAGGGAUCGUUCAGGCCACAGUAUAUCCUCGAUCCUGAAAGCCACACAUGGGAUCCACUUGACGGCGAACUGGCAAAGAAGCUAGACGAACGUCCAUACGUUUCGCUCUCGCGUGACCGCCGAAUUGUCGCGGAAGGCACACCAGAGUCCGCUGGGACACAGGCCGACGCCGAAAUCAAUGAUGAUGAGGUAUCUCUCUUCGACCUGCGCAUGCCUGGCGUCCUGUCUCUGGAGGAAGUAAAGGCAUUGGAUUUGGAUCACUGGCUACUCCUCGUCCAUGGUAGUUUUGUGCAUAUGAUUGAUCUCGUGGGAUGGGAGACGAUGCCUAUGGAUAAUCCCCAGUCUGUCAAAGGGAUUAUUGCUGAGCUUGCCGCAGUGUUGGGUCCGAAAACUGUUAAGGAGAGUGCCGUCGUACUAUUCGACUAAUAGCGCCUUUAGAAUUCACUCUUAUCUAUCCAUUUAGGAAAGAUUCCAUGGGGAAAAUGUGUGCAAGAAAACAUGUAAUUCAACC